AUGUACAUUUUUAGAUAUACUCCAUAUUCUAAUGAAGGAAGAGAUGUUCAAACCAGAACAAAGAAAGCUCUAGGCGAUUUUCGUCAUAAAUUAAAUCAAUCAGUAAUAGAGCUUAUUAAAGAUUUUAAAAAUAAGCGAGAAAGAGAAGGUGUGACAACAUCUUUAUUAACUAAUGAAGAUAUAAAAAAUUUUAUUGAUAAAAAUGUAGUCAAUAAUCUCCUAAAAUGUUAUAUUUCAGGAACUAAUCAAUCUGAACUUCGAAAGUGUGGAUCACUAGCUAAGCUAGUAACUUUUAUUCAUGAAAUAUUUC